CAGACUAAGAUUCUCUUCGUUUAAUGCUCUCUUUCUAGCCUCUUUGUUUUUAUUUUUUGUUUUUUCUCUCUCGGAGUAAUCAAAACGAACAAAAAUGGUUAACUCCGGUGAGAACAAAAUCGCCGUUAAACCCACUACAACGAUGAUGAUUCAAGAUGAAACGAGAAGCAGAAAAUUCGGACAAGAGAUGAAGAGAGAGAACAAGAGAAGAGUUUUGGGUGUGAUUAACCAGAAUCUAGUUAGUGCAAGAGGUUAUUACCCUUGUGUUGUCACCAAGAGAGGAAGCUUAUCAAAUAAGCAAGAAGAAGGAUGUCAAAAAAAGAAGCUUGAGUCUCUGCGACCCUCGGUUACAAGAUCUCGUGUUGAAGAGCCAUUGUGUGAAGAGGAGACGAAGAAGCUGAAGCAAUCAGUUCCAAGUGCAAACGAUUUCGUUGACUGUAAAUUCUUUGAGGAUGAAGAAGAAGUUACAUUGGACCAUCCCAUGCCAAUGUCGCUGGAGAAGCCAUACACAAGCAUCUCUGACUCUGAUCCAAUGGAGGAAGUUGAGAUGGAAGAUGUAACAGUGGAAGAAUCAAUUUUGGAUAUAGAUGUCUCAGAUGCGAAGAACUCACUUGCAGCUGUUGAAUAUGUCCAAGAUCUCUACGCAUUCUACCGGAAAAUGGAGAGGUUUAGCUGUGUUCCAGUAGAUUAUAUGAUGCAACAAAUCGACUUAAACGAGAAGAUGAGAGCAAUACUAAUCGACUGGCUAAUCGAGGUACAUGACAAGUUUGAUCUGAUGAACGAGACGUUGUUUCUCACAGUGAAUCUGAUAGAUAGAUUCUUGUCCAAGAAAGCUGUUAUGAGAAAGAAGCUUCAGCUAGUAGGGUUAGUGGCUUUGCUCUUAGCUUGCAAGUAUGAAGAGGUUUCGGUUCCCGUUGUCGAAGAUUUAGUACUCAUUUCAGACAAAGCUUAUACGAGGAAUGAUGUUCUAGAGAUGGAGAAAACAAUGUUGAGUACUUUGCAAUUCAAUGUCUCGUUGCCGACACAAUACCCUUUCUUGAAAAGAUCUCUCAAGGCAGCUCAAGCAGAUAAGAAGUGUGAGAUCUUGGCAUCGUUCUUGAUCGAGCUUGCACUUGUGGAGUAUGAGAUGCUUCGGUUUCCACCAUCAUUACUAGCUGCCACAGCUGUUUACACUGCUCAAUGUACACUUGAUGGUUUCAGGCAGUGGAACAGUACAUGUGAAUACCACUCUCAUUACUCUGAAGAACAGCUCAUAGAAUGUUCAAGGAAGAUGGUGAAUCUUCAUCAGAAGGCAGCGACGGGGAAGUUGACAGGAGUAUAUAGGAAGUACAGCACAUCCAAAUUUGGGUACAUAGCCAAGUGUGAAGCUGCACACUUUCUUGUGUCUACUGAGUCUCAUGAUCAUCCUUAAGCCAAAAGCACAAUAUGUAGUUUGUACAGGCUCUAUUGACAUAGUUCCUCGUUUCCUCUUAAGCACAAAUAACAUAAGAAAAGAAGAAGAAAAGUUC